UCUCAUUAAUGUUCUCGAUCUCGUCCAACGUUGCAGAUCAACUUCUAAAGAGACACCAGCAUGCUCCUGUUGCUCUUCUUGUUGGGUCUGGCUCUGGGUGCCGUGUGUCCUUCUGAAGACCCUCCACUUCAACUCCAGCGGGGCGACUGUCCCACGUUCUGGUUCACCUUCAACGGCCGCUGCUACAAGUACUUUGCCACACGUAUGAACUGGGCCGAUGCAGAGCUCUAUUGUCUGUCACUUGGAACCAACCUGGUGUCAAUCCACAGUGAAGAAGAACAGUCGUUCGUUGAAGAACUGAUCAAGAACUUUGACCCUGCUGAGGGAAACACCUGGUUGGGACUGAGUGACAAUCACAAAGAAGGAGCAUGGAUGUGGACUGAUGGAUCGAAAGUCGAAUUUACCUAUUGGGGCCCAGAACAGCCAGACAACGAAUAUGAAAGGGAGCACUGUGUCCAAACCAACUAUCUCGGCUUGAAGAGUUGGUACGACUGGCCCUGUUCUCAUAAUGUCCCUUUUGUUUGUGCAUCUCGUCUAAGCUCUUCUUAAGAACUGAGGUGUUCAACAUGUCUGAUGGAAACUGGUCACAGUUCACUUGUUGUUCUGUUGACAUUAAUUUUAGCCUCUACAAUAAAGACAUGAA